AUUUGUUUUCAUUUGACAGAGAAAACCCUAAACAGUAAAAACUGAACUAACCAAAACCUCGUUGGGAUUUGGAAAUUGGGGAAGGAGAAGAAACAACAAUGGCAAUGCUUCGUGUGACAAGCCCUAACGAGCUUCUCUACCGCAAUGCACACUCUUCUUCACCGCGCCUUCCUCCUCAACCUAGAACAACAACCUUACUAACACACCCAAAACGCUUCACUCGUCGUCGUUUCGGGUCAGUGAGGUGCUCGUAUGCUUUUGUGGAUAACGCAAAGAUUAAAGUUGUUGGAAUCGGCGGUGGCGGCAACAAUGCUGUUAAUCGCAUGAUCGGUAGUGGUUUACAUGGUGUGGACUUCUAUGCAAUAAACACUGAUGCUCAAGCGUUGUUACAUUCUUCUGCUGAGAACCCUAUUCAAAUUGGUGAACUUCUGACUCGUGGAUUAGGUACUGGUGGGAAUCCGCUCUUGGGGGAGCAAGCUGCAGAAGAAUCGAAAGAAGCUAUUGCUAAUGCUCUUAAGGGAUCGGAUUUGGUGUUCAUAACGGCCGGGAUGGGUGGGGGCACGGGGUCUGGUGCUGCCCCGGUUGUGGCCCAAAUAUCCAAAGAGGCUGGUUACUUGACUGUAGGUGUCGUUACCUAUCCCUUCAGUUUCGAAGGACGCAAAAGAUCCUUGCAGGCACUUGAAGCCAUUGAAAGGCUGCAAAAAAAUGUUGAUACGCUUAUUGUUAUUCCAAAUGAUCGUUUGCUUGACAUUGCUGAUGAGCAGACAGCUCUUCAGGAUGCUUUCCAUCUUGCUGAUGAUGUUUUACGUCAAGGGGUACAGGGAAUAUCAGACAUCAUUACAAUACCUGGACUUGUGAAUGUGGAUUUUGCUGAUGUGAAGGCAGUAAUGAAGGACUCUGGAACUGCAAUGCUUGGAGUCGGUGUUUCCUCUGGUAAAAACCGAGCAGAAGAAGCAGCACAACAGGCUACUUUGGCUCCUUUAAUCGGUUCAUCUAUUCAGUCAGCUACUGGAGUGGUAUAUAAUAUUACAGGAUGUGAACUAGUUGCAAGCAUAAUCUUCGAAGAGUAAAAUUGAAACAAAUUAAACUUAAGGAGUAAUUUUGAACAAUUUCAAAAGUGUUGGGGACAACAAACAUAUUUCAUCCGAUAAUUUUUUAUCCUGCAAUAUACCCUUGAAUCUUGUGGAUUAGUUGUUUUGCGGUCGUCUUGAGUGCUAAGAUUUUAUUGUCUUGAUACUUCCAUUUCAUUCUUUUGACAGCAUUGAAACAUUAGUUAAUCCUCCCCCUUUUUUAUUUGCUUAUCUACGUUAUCAAAAAACUUCUAAUUUUUAUAGGUGGUGACAAGUUUGGCUGAUCCUUCUGCAAAUAUUAUUUUUGGAGCUGUUGUUGAUGAUCGCUACACCGGGGAGAUUCAUGUGACUAUCAUCGCAACUGGCUUCUCGCAGUCCUUUCAGAAGAAGCUACUGACAGAUCCAAGGGCUGCAAAGCUGCUUGACAAAGUGGUUGAGGGCCAAGAAAGCAAGACAAGAUCUGCUCCCCUCAAGUCUUCAAAUUCACCUUCAACAGUUGAAUCUAGAGCAUCCCCAAGAAAGCUCUUCUUUUAGAUGCUUGAGUUUGUUUUACCUUUUUCAAAUUUUGUAAGUGUUAAAUAUAUUGUAGUAAUUCAUCUGUGUAAUCACUCCGAACCUUGAUUGAUUUAUGUUUUAUAGAGCUAUCACUCUCCUUAAUGGUCACCAGUCUUUACAAGUA